AAUUUGCCGCUCUCAGCCCGGGCGCAGUAAUGCAAAUACGGCCCGUGCGGAAACUUUCAGGCGGCGGCUGCACGCCUGAACCGCCAGGCCGCAGUGGGCACGUGACCGCUCUCUCCCCACAUCGGGAAAUCGGCGGGCGACCUUCUUCCAGGCGUCGCUGCAAAUUUACGGGCCUCGCCGGUCAUCGCCUGUGCAAUCUUUCCAUGCUCCCUACGGCUGCGCGACCUACUGCGAUUCAACGGGAACCCGGGUGACGCUGCGGCCAGCUGUCGUCAUGAAUCCGUACCUUCGAUCGAGCCCUGUCUUUUCGCGGGCUUCUGCCCUGACCUUGCGACCUGCUGGAUUUCCCCGCACGGCGGAGUUGGCUCGCCGUUAUGCGACUCAGAGUGAUAUGGGUCGAGGGGCCCCGGGGACGGCUACUCCGCGAAGAAGGAACGUUACCGUCCUGUCGGAUGAUGGGCGAUACGAGUGGGGAGAGCUAAGCGGUCGGGAAAAGGCCGCUCGGGCAACGCAGCAAUCGAUCAACUUCGUGGUGGUCCUGGCGGGUGCCGUGUUGACGGGAGGAGUCUUCUACCUCCUCUAUACCGAGGUUUUCUCCCCGAACAGCCGCACGUGGCAGUACGAGAAGGCCGUCGAACGCAUCCUUAACGAUACGCGCUGUACCGACUUGCUUGGAGAUCGCAGGGAGAUUAGGGCUUUCGGAGAAAACACCUCGAGCAGAUGGGCGCGGAACCGCCCUAUUGCGAGCUCGGUUGAGAAGGAUCGUUUAGGUCGUGAGCAUUUGAAGAUGAACUUCCAUGUCGAGGGACCACGCAAUGCCGGUGUGGUAUUUGUGCACAUGAUCAAGCCUCAUGACCAACAUGACUGGCAAUAUCAGCUUCUUGCGUUGGAUGUGAAUGGUCACUCCCGCAUUGUCCUCGAGCAGGCUCCUGAGAAACCAGGAGUUGGCAAAGCACUGAAGCUCCUCGGUAUCCAAUGGCGUUAAAUUCCGCCUUCAUAUAUACAUCGCGACAGCUAUAUCAUGCAUGACGUACGGUCCGCUAUGACUCGGUUCCUUCACCAGAACUGGGAUGUCGAACCUGCAUACAUAUUGGCCGACGAGGAAGGAUGUCGCCGAGCCUGGCAUGUUGCUGCAUUCACUGGAGCCAGGAGGCCAAGCUCCUGCCUCGUAUAAGUACGGUCUUAAAUGGAUCCGUGGCUAAUAUACCCACUUUACCCAACCCAUCAUUGUAUCAUAGUGUAUUAUUCAUGAAGUUCACUUAUAAUUACAAAGCAUUCUUGCGAUGGAAAUUCGCUACCUACAUCAUGUCAUG